AUGCUCCGGAUCCCUAAACGUUACUUUUUGAUCCGCGAUGUAUCCUUUGAGCUUUGUGCUGGAGACAUGAUGGCAUUGAUGUCCGCCUCAGAAUCGGAAUCUCGAGCCCUACUUGAUGUUCUCAGUGGCCAGUAUCAACAAUGUAAUGUUAGAGCUUACGUAACGAGGGAAGAAUUACCAAAGGCUUUGACUGUUGUACAGUACUUAAGGAUCAACGCAGCUAUCCAUCCUCCUGCUGCGAAAACUUUCAAGACUGAGAACAUGAUUGAUCAACUGCUUGCUACAUUGGCUCUCGCGCUUCGUCGUCACACGCUUUGCUCUCGCUUGAGUAUUGCUGAAACUCAUAGGUUGAGAAUUGCUGCACAGCUCCUCAAAGAUGCAGAUAUCCUCAUAUGUGACAAUGUCGCAAAAGAUAUGGACAACUACGAAACAGCCUUCGUCAUCGAUUAUCUUCGCGAUUGGGCGAUUAAGCUGAACAGAAUCGUUGUGAUGUGCAUUGCACCUUCUUCCUUCGAC